AGGAGGAGUGCCCCCGAUCCGUACCGAGAGUUCGCAGAGCCGCCGAUACAGCGGACGUCUAACACACCAAAUAUACACGUGCGUAGCGCAGGACUCGCACACAUAAUUAAAGGCUAAGAAGAAAGCGUAGUAACGUACCGUAAGUUAUUACGUCUCUAACAGACGAAGUUCACUGGCACGGGUGCAGAGGAAAGUAAGAGGGUAAACGCCUCCUCGCGCAGCAAAUACAUAUCUAGUGUAUUACGCACCGCUUUUAGUGAAGGCUACUGCACUGUUGCCUUGUUUGUUAUUCAUAUUGUUUUUUCUCUUGUGUGAGCUGUCGCGUGCAGCACUCAGCAGCCUCGUGCCCAGCCGCUGCCGACUGCUUCUUCACGCCCCCCCCCCCCCCAACUUACUCACGGUGCUACACCUCCCCUCCUUUGACGCGUUGAAAUGUCGGACAAGGAGCAGCAGGAGAACACGCCGAGCGUGCCCCCGCCGGCAGAGGCGCCAGUGCCGGCACUCGUCGCACCGGCCCAUGAAGACGAUACGAAGAGGGGAAAGGAAAGCGAGCACGGUCACGACGUCGCCAACGACGAUCACGACAGCGAUGACGGCGGUGACCACCCCAACUACAUCAAGACUGAUCUGGGAGAGAUGAACACCAUCGAGUCGAUGUGCCCGAAGUGCGAGCAGAUGGGCAAGACGCGGCUGAUGAUCACCAAAAUUCCCCACUUCAAGGAGAUCAUCGUGAGCAGCUUCGAAUGUCCGCACUGCGGGGAGCGCAACAACGACGUUACCUUUGGUGGCGUGUUCGGGCCCAAAAAGGUGCGGUAUGAGCUGCAGGUGCGCAGCAAGAAGGACUUGGACCGCCAGGUCGUGAAGUCGGAGUUCGCGACCGUUACAAUCCCCGAGCUGGAGCUGGAGAUUCCGCCGGAGUCACAGAAGGGUAACCUCAACACCGUCGAGGGCAUCUUGGAGCAGACGCACGACGGACUGCAGCUGCAGCAGCCCCUGCGGAAGAUCCAGCAUCCCGAGGUGUACGAGAAGAUCGAGGUGUUUUGCAAGAAGUUGGAGGACUACCGCAGCGGCGAUGUCCCCUUCACGCUGACUCUCGACGACCCCGCCGGCAACAGCUACAUUGAGCCGAUCCACGACUACUACCACCCUACCCUCGACCCGCAGCUGACCAAGUACGAGAAGGAGCGGACCGACGUUGACCGUCAGCUGCUCGGCGUGGCCAUCGAUUACAACACCGAGCGCACGCAGGAGGAGCAGCAGGACGUUGACGAAGGUCAGUACUCCGAUGUCACGCAGAUUCCGUGCGAUUGCCCCGCGUGCCGCAAGCCCGGCCACAUGAUGAUGCACGAGUGCGAUAUCCCAUACUUUAAACAAACGGUCAUUAUGGCCUUCAAGUGCGACUUCUGCGGCUACAAGAGCAAUGAGAUCAAGACGGGUGGUGAGAUCAACGAGAAGGGCCUGCGCCUGACCCUGCACGUGCAGUCCGAAGACGAUCUGAAGCGUGACGUGCUGAAAUCCGAGACGGCCACGCUGCUAGUUCCUGAGGUACACCUCGAACUGGCCCCGGGCACGCUCGGCGGCUUCUUUUCUUCAGUCGAGGGCACCAUAAUGCAAGUGCGGGACCAGCUGAACACGCUUCCGCAGGCCGCCUUCGCCGUCGGUGACUCCGCCGACGAGAACUCGAAGUCCAUGAUGGAGUUUGUGAAGGAGUUGAACGACCUGCUGGAGAUGAAGCGCGAGUUUACCUUCAUCCUCGACGACCCGCUCGGCAACGUUUACAUUCAGAACCCCCGCGCACACCUGCCGCCGCCGGAGAACGAGGAUCCGAAGCUGGAGUCGGUCGCGUACACACGCACGGAGGAGCAAGAGGACGAGCUCGGCAUUCUCGCGAUGCGCGGCAACGAGGCGCAAGACCACCAGGAGGAGAUGGAGAAGAAUGAAGAGGUGGUUGGGAAGGAGAAGGGGGGCGAGACGGUGACGGAUUCCGCUGCCUCCGACCAGCAUGAGGAACACGAUGAACACGCCGCGAAGGAGCAAUGA